GUCCAUUGUUCUCGGUGCCCCUCGGGCUUGAGCCGCUGCGACUCCGGAGGGGCCGGACCGUGCCCGGGGGCGCUUUAGCGCGUGGAGCUACCGAGGAAGCGGCAUCCGGUCUCUGGAGAGCCAGACCACUUGUUGAAACUGGAGAAGGGUGCUGUCUUCUCAGGGAGCCUGCCUGGAGAAGACUAAAGGUCAAGAUCAAAAGCCUGAGUGAUUCCAACUCAAGGACGUGGAUGAUGGCCUCAGAGGGGCCGAGAGUAACUGCUCCGCAGAGCCCCGUAGUCCGCCUCCCUCGGGAGGAAGACGACCAGGAGGAGGAGGUGGCCACCAUGAUCCUGGAGGACGACUCCUGGGUACAGGAAGCUGUGCUGCAGGAAGACGGCCCUGAGCCCGAGCCCUUUCCCCAGGGUGCUGGCAAGGGCAGCCCCCACGAGGACGUGGCCGGAGGGCCGCAGGGGGCACUCAGCCGCCUUCGAGAGCUCUGCCGGCGCUGGCUGAGGCCAGAGAUGCACACCAAGGAGCAAAUGCUGACCGUGCUGCCCCGGGAAAUUCAGGCCUGGCUGCAGGAGCAUCGGCCCGAGAGUGGCGAGGAGGCAGUGGCUCUGGUGGAGGACUUGACCCAGACCCUUCGGGACAGUGAUUUUGAGAUCCAGAGUGAAAAUGGGGAGAGCUCUAGCCAGGACAUGUUCGAGGACGUCGAGUCCCAUGAGAUGUUCUCAGACGUGCCGGAUGGGGAAGGCAUCCCGCAGUCCGACUGGGAAAGUGACGUGGAGAGAGACUGCAACCCCCAGGGGCCCCGGAGAAACACCCCCAGGAAGGACCGCGGGGUGGUGCCCGCCCCGGGCAGGGAAGCUGGCCAGCUCAUCGGCCUCCAGGGCACCUACCUGGGCGAGAAGCCCUACGAGUGUCCCCAGUGCGGGAAAACCUUCAGCCGGAAGUCCCACCUCAUCACCCACGAGCGGACCCACACGGGCGAGAAAUCCUACAAAUGCGACGAGUGCGGCAAGAGCUUCAGUGACGGCUCCAACUUCAGCAGGCACCAGACCACGCACACCGGGGAGAAGCCCUACAAGUGCCGGGACUGCGGCAAAAGCUUCAGCCGGAGCGCCAACCUCAUCACCCACCAGCGGAUCCACACGGGCGAGAAGCCCUUCCGCUGCGCCGAGUGCGGCAAGAGCUUCAGCCGGAGCCCCAACCUCAUCGCGCACCAGCGGACCCACACGGGCGAGAAGCCCUACUCGUGCCCCGAGUGCGGCAAGAGCUUCGGCAACCGGUCCAGCCUGAACACGCACCAGGGCAUCCACACGGGCGAGAAGCCCUACGAGUGCAAGGAGUGCGGCGAGAGCUUCAGCUACAACUCCAACCUCAUCAGGCACCAGCGGAUCCACACGGGCGAGAAGCCCUACAAGUGCCCCGACUGCGGCCAGAGGUUCAGCCAGAGCUCGGCCCUCAUCACCCACCGGAGGACCCACACGGGCGAGAAGCCCUACCAGUGCGGCGAGUGCGGCAAGAGCUUCAGCCGCAGCUCCAACCUGGCCACGCACCGCCGGACCCACCUGGUGGAGAAGCCCUACAAGUGUGGGGAGUGCGGCAAAAGCUUCAGCCAGAGCUCCAGCCUCAUCGCCCACCAGGGCACGCACACGGGCGAGAAGCCCUACGAGUGCCGGACGUGCGGGGAGAGCUUCAGCUGGAGCUCCAACCUCCUGAAGCACCAGCGGAUCCACACGGGCGAGAAGCCCUACAAGUGCGGGGAGUGCGGAAAGGGCUUCAGCCAGCGCUCCCAGCUGGUGGUGCACCAGCGGACCCACACGGGCGAGAAGCCCUACAAGUGCCUCAUGUGCGGCAAGAGCUUCAGCCGGGGCUCCAUCCUGGUCAUGCACCAGAGGGCCCACCGCGGGGACAAGCCGUACCGCUGCCCCGAGUGCGGCAAGGGCUUCAGCUGGAACUCGGUGCUCAUCAUCCACCAGCGGAUCCACACGGGCGAGAAGCCCUACAAGUGCCCCGACUGCGGCAAGGGCUUCAGCAACAGUUCCAACUUCAUCACCCAUCAGCGAACUCACCUGAAGGAGAAGCUCUACUGAAAGAGCAGAGAGGGAGGGAGCGUGAGGGUGGGGGGGCGGGGGGGGGGGUGCCCGGAGAGGGACCAGCCACCCUGCCCCCACGCAGGGAUGUGUCUUUAGAGGAGCCAUUCCUCCUGAAGGCAUGUUGCCAGGAUCUUAACCCCUGCUCACCCUCACUCCUGGGAUCCUGUCACAUUGGCAGUCAGAGUCAGACCCUGAGAACCGAGCUUAGGAAUGGAAGCUCAGAAAGCUUGGUCCUUUUCCUUGUGACACUUCUCAACUCGGUUGGCUCCGUCUCUCCUGAUCCUCUGUGCCUCAGUUUCCCCUUUGAUAGAACAGGAGGGAUAGUUCUCUGUGUGCAAUGGAAGCCAGCGUUGCCCUCAUUUCAGAGAGAGGCCCCAGACCUGGUCCUUCUGCUGCCACUGUUGGGCUAAGGUCCCUUCACCCAAGCUGCGAGCAUCCCAGGCCCCCUGCCUUGGCAGAACUGGCUCUUCCUGCCCCUGGGUCCUGGGUUUGGAUUUCGGGUCAAGGCGGAGGGGCUUCUCCUGUUCUGAGUCAUCCGCAUGAAGGUGAAGUCCUUUCCUAGUUCUAGAAAGUAUCAGGAACACGGAAACACGGGGGUGUCUGGCCCGGAAACUUUCCAUUGAUAGGAGGUUGCCCAGGGCCUGCCAGGGAAGGCAUAAACGGAGAAGUGAUGUGUUUACUCUUGUCUCUGCUCACUGUCCUGGGGUAAGUUGGCUGUGGGAGUUGGGGACGCACUUACUCUUGCAGGGUUUCGGUUUUUGAGUGUGAGGUGUCAUCAAAGCCCCCAGCUGCCUCCCCCUGGUGGAUGGUAUUUCUCUCAUUCAGGGUGAUUGUCCUGCACUCUGCAUGCAGGGUGGCCUCGCAUCUUUACCCGCCAGAUCCGCGGCCCCGUAAUUGUCACCCUGUGCGCUCGUCGUUUCUGUCUUACGUACACAGAUCCAGAAUUCCGUCUGGUAGCAUUUGUGUACAAAGAGCAUUCUUUUUAAGGUGGUAUUCACUUUGAGGCCACAUCGUCUGUCGCCUGGAGAGAUCUGGACUUGAAUCAAGAUACAGUGUCUCCCUUAAUCUUGAGACGCUCCCAGGGCUUUGUUCUCGGCCGUGAAACAGUGAAGACAGGAUGAUAGCAGGUGAAGGGGUUUUUUAGGAGGGAAGAGGAUGGUAAAAACAGGCUUUUCUCUCCUACGCAUGGGGUCUGCACUCAGAACGCACCUUGGUUUUUACAGGGUGGCUGCUCCAAAUCGCCUAAUAAAGUCGAGUCCCAUUCUUUUCCCAAGUCUGUCUUUUUACAUGUGUUAAAAACCCAAGCUUGACUGUUAGCAAACCCACGUCUCACUUCCCCACUCCAUCCACCUGCUCACCACCUGCCUCAGGCCAGAAGUGGUCCAAGACCUUUAGAGGGAAAAAGGUCACUUGCUUCAAAGGGCACAGCUUUAAGGCAAACCUGGUCCCAUGUGUUCGACCAGCACACACACCUCUCCACUUGCCCUUUGCCCAGCGCUGCAUCCAGCCUGUCAGCUGAUGCCUGGAGCCCCAGCUUUGGCUCCUGUGCCAGAUGGUCUCCCCAGGAGGUAUCCUCUCCAUCCAGAAUCGACUAAGUAAGACACAGGAAGCUCUAGGCAGCAGCAGCUGUUACACCAAACCACUAGGCUGUGAGAUCCCCAUCGCUGACUGCAUUCCUUCACUUACUGAGAAAGCGUGUACUGAGGGCGUGUGUACCAUCGCCGUGCUGGGUGCUGGGGAAAGGCUGUGAACAAGAAGUUCUGUCACGCAUCGUCAUGCUGCUUCACUGGAGCAAAGAUUCCCAUCUGUCUGGGAAAAGACAAGAUCUGCCCUGCCUUUAAGGGAAAGGGGCCAAGAGGGUUUCCUCGGUGACACCCUGGAAUUUGGGUUGUAGAAGAUGGUGGCUCUCUUUAAGUCUCACCUUGAGAAAACAAUGGAUACUAAGCUUUUUAAACUUUUCUAAGUAAAUUUCCUUCUUUAUUCCUCCCUACCUGGUAGAGACACAAAAUAUCCUGGGAAUAAAAAGCAAAUGAGAUUAGCUAGAAUUGCAGAAUCAAUCAGGCAGGAACCAGGUUGGGAAAAUGACAGAUGGUGGCUUUUUAGAAAGGUUGAGAGCCCCUGGCUUCCUGUCCUGCUUGCAGCUAAAGGGGGUCUGCAGAGGGGUCUGUGUGGCAGGAAUGUUGGAUGGAAGGACACAGUUUGUUCCCCUGAAAAACAUCAAGAAGCCCCCACCCCCUGGGCAGAUCUACCUCUGCCAGACGUGUUUCUGUAACAGACUAUCUCCUCUUCAAGGUACAUAUAUUUAGGGACCAAGUUUUUUGUUACCAGUUUGUUUCUAAGUUCAUGAGAACAGCCUUGGGACAAUUAAAAACCUACAAUAAAUGGCUUAUUUGCUUUGC